AUGGCGGCGGCGGCGGCGGCGGCGGGAGGAGGAGCGGGAGCAGCAGCAUGGAUAACAUCAAAGUUGAAAACAGCCCUGAAGUCUGACGUCCAUGCGGUAGAAGCAGCUGUGCGAGACUCAAGCCAACAGAUCAGUCAGUUUCUUGGCGCGAACGGUCCGACAAAGCUUCUUUUCCUCUAUCAACUUCCUGAAACAGAAACUGAAUAUGGAGAAUUCGUGACUACCGGAUCAAAGCCCAAGCUUUUCCUGACAAACGGAGAAAAGGAAAGAGCAAGAGGGCAUCUCCUUUACUUUGUACGCACCAAGAAUGAGAAGCCUGUUGACUUUUCUAAAAUAGAUUCAGAGAUCACAUUCGGAGAGCUCCAGCCGAGCGUCCUUGAUAACUUCCAAGUGGUUCUGAGUCAGGUGUUUGCGAAUACAGUCAGCACACAAGAGUGGGGGAGGUGCUCUGAAGAUGAAAUCUCUGAGUUCAAAGAGCAAUUGGAAAAGUUUACGCACACGCUCACAGAUGCAGCAGAGAGUUUGCAAGGUGGCAUCGAACUGCGCAAACCUGAGAAGCUUGGCGAAAUUGAGAAUAAGCAAGCAGCAUAUCUUCGUUCAGCAAUGGACUCUGAAAUUCUAUCCUACUGCGAACAGAUUGUGGAAGAUUGGUGCUCUCAAACAGAGGGAUUGCUCUCAGAAAGCGAAGAAAAUCGAAAAGAAUCAGAUGAAGCAGGCCCUGAUACAGAGCUUACUUUCUGGAGAAAUAGAAUGGCGAAAUUUAACAGUGUUGCCGAACAAUUGAAGAGCAAAGAGGCUAAGUUUGUCUUGGGAGUAGUAACGACGGCCAAAUCCAAGAUAUUCAAGCGUUGGAAGGCGAUUGACAAUAGCAUAACCGACUCUUUGAAUGAGGCAAAAGACAAUGUGAAAUAUCUUGCGACUCUUGAAAAGUACACCGAUCCUCUGUACCAUGGUACUCCAGAGCAAAUCAUCGAAGCCUUGCCUGGUUUGAUGAACAAUGUCAAGAUGAUGCUCACGAUUGCUCGUUACUACAGUACAAAUGAACGCAUGACAAUGCUGUUCUGCAAGAUUACCAAUCAGAUGAUUAAGAACUGCAAAACCAACAUUACCAGUGCUGGGAAACUAUGGGAUCAACCAGUGGACACGUUGCUAAGAAAUCUGGAAUGGGCAUUGAAGCUUAAUGACGCUUAUCAGGAGCAGUAUCGUGUCACAAAGGAGAAGCUAAUGACACAGCCUAAAGUCAAGCAAUUUGAUUUCAAUGAAAGCGAAAUUUUUGGAAAGUUUGACUUGUUCUGCAAGAGAGUACAAAAACUCAUUGAUAUGUUUACCACCAUACAGCAGUUCAGUACUCUUGCAAAUCACGAAAUCGAAGGGAUGGACAAUCUAAUCAAAAGCUUCAUACAAAUUGUGGAUGAAUUCAAGCGCAAACCCUACGAUCUUCUCGACUAUGUCAAAAACUCGUUUGACAGAGACUUUUUGGAGUUCAAUGUCAAUGUGGCUGAGCUAGAAACGGCCCUGCAAGGUUUCAUCAACGCAAGUUUCGAAAACAUUACCAGCACUGAGCAUGCGCUGAAUCUUCUCCGACAAUUCGAAGCAAUUCUGCAGCGUGAGACGUUAAAAGCGGAUCUUGAUAGCAAGUACACUGUUAUCUUUCACAACUAUGGCUUAGAUCUCGAGACCGUCCAGAAAAUCUACGACAAACAGAAACCUGCUCCUCCCACAACUCGAAAUGCCCCGCCUGUUGCAGGAAAUAUUCUUUGGUCUCGCCAGCUAUUACGAAGGAUCGAGCAACCGAUGAAGAAAUUCAAGUCAAACAAGAAUAUCAUGACUACCAAGGAGUCUAAGAAGAUCAUCAGGACUUACAACAAGGUCGCGCGUGCUCUGAUCGAGUAUGAGACAUUGUGGCAUCAUGCUUGGAGUAAAUCCAUCGAGGCAGCAAAAUCUGGUUUGCAGGCGACUCUGAUAAUCCGUCAUCCAAGAUCGGGAAUGCUUUUUGUGAACUUCGACCGUGAAAUUUUGCAGUUGAUUCGCGAGGCAAAGUUUUUGCAGAGGAUGGGGAUAGAGGUUCCUGAAGGUGCCAGGAUGGUCUUAUUGCAGGAGGACAAAUUCAAAGCAUAUUACAAUGAGUUGAGCUUUGCGCUGAAAGAGUAUGAGAGAGUAUUGUCCAAGGUCCCUCCUGUUGUGAAGCCAAUCAUCAAGCCUCAUCUAGAAGACUUGGACAGAAAGAUUCAACCAGGAAUGGUGCUGCUGACGUGGCAGAGUAUGAACAUCGAUGGAUAUCUGCAGCGCCUGCACUCAGGCCUUGCCAAGCUUGAGGAGCUCAUCAACAAAAUCAAUGACAUCAUGGACAACAGAAUCGAACACAACCUUAAGCAUAUUUCAAAGACCAUGUUGGUGGACUUGCCUCAAAACCAAUCGUUUACUCUUGACAGCUUUGUUUCUCUUCAAGAAAAGACCAUCAAGUCAAAGUCGUCCCUGAUGGACAGGAGGAACUUGCAAGUAGAGCGAGCUGUGAAUGACCUGAUUGACACUGUGAUCAAUUUCCCGCUUGAAAGCGACGACCUUACCUGUGAUGUCAACGAAAUCAACAAGCUCAGGUCCCAUUACGAGAGGCUCAUGUACACAGCUGUCUUGCAUGCAACCAAGUCCAGCUUCUGGGCCCUGAAAGAUCGGCUCGGUUCGAGACAAGCCUCGGGAGUUCUUGUUAUGCAGAGACCUUUCUUCGAGGUAGAGGUGGAGCUCAGUGUCCCCAACAUUCAAAUGAAUCCUUCGCUGGAAGAGGUUCAAUCUGCUGUUAACAGAGCAGCUCUGCACAUCUUGCGAGCGACCAAGAAGGUUUACAUAUGGGGUCAGGACCGAGAGAAUGUAAAACACCUUCAGAGCUUCCACAGACAAAUUGCGCAGGACAAAGAGAUCGUGAAGAUUGUUCUGCUUCUAACAGGAGCAGUUGAAGGCGCCAAGAUACAUGUCGCUGACUAUCUCAAGACAUUCGACCAGUACAACUAUCUUUGGCAGAACGACAAGCAGAAAGCGUACUCGGACUUCCUUCAGACAAAUCCUGACAUCGAGGCAUUUUCAAACGAGCUGAGGAAGUAUAUGGACAUCGAGCGUGAGAUCCGAAACAUUCCAGGUGUUCACGUUAUCGGCUGCAUGUGCUUGGACAGCAGCCCCUUGAUGGACUCGUUGACUGCUGAGGCUGUGCAAUGGAAAGCGCAAUAUGCAAGAAACCUGCAUGAGGGAGCUAAACGAGAGAUGUUGGCGAUGCAAGACUAUUUCAAAGAGAAGACAAGGCAGAUGAACCGCGAGUUCAAGGAGUUGGAAGAUGUUAGAGACGUUAUGGAGUGUUUGAAGGAAAUCAGAGAGCGAGAGACCGAGAUCGACAAGGAGAUUCAGCCUAUUGAAGAGCGAUACGAGCUUCUCACACAAUACGAGCAUGAGGUUCCUCCCGAUGAGCUUGAAGAGCUACAAGAUCUCAAGGUACAGUGGAAGCGUGUCAAGGCAAGAGCGUUCGAUGUUGGAAACAACAUCCGCGUCCUCCAAGUUCCAUUCAGAAGCAAAUUGCUCGAAAAUGUUGUAGAGUUCAUCGAUGAAGUCAAAGAAUUUCGUGCGGAUUUCGAACAUAACGGUCCUAUGCGGCCGGGAAUGGCGCCCAUGGAUGCCGCACAAGCGCUCAAGACUUACCAAAGAUACUUCGAGGCGAUGGAUCGUAAGUGGAAGACCUACUCUCAAGGAGAGGAGAUGUUUGCGUUGCAAGUCACGGAGUAUCCUGAGCUGGAGCAAACACAGAAGGAGCUUCUCCUCUUGGACAAACUGUACAGUCUCUUCACUGAAACGAUCACCACUAUCGACAACUACGGCGACAUUCUGUGGACGGAAGUAGUUGCAAACAUAGAUGCGAUGAACGAAGAAGUGGGCAAGCUUCAAACACGUUGCAAGUCCAUGCCCAAGGCCCUUCGUGAUUGGGACGCAUACAACGAGUUGAAGAGGAAAAUUGACGACUUUUUGGAAGUCCUUCCUCUGCUCACUGCUCUCUCCGGACAAGCUAUGAAGGAACGUCACUGGAAAGCUGUCAUGACCUGUACCAGCUGUGAGCUCAACAUGAAUCCAGACACGUUCAAACUUCAGCACCUUUUGGAUGUUGGAACUCGUCCGGGGGAGAUGAGCCUUCUGCAAUGUGCUGAAGAGAUCGAAGACAUCUGCAGUGGCUCAGGAAAGGAACUGCAGAUCGAAGUCAAACUCAAAUCUCUAUCCGAGCAGUGGCAGGAGCUCAAGUUCACCUUUACGAACUUCAAGAACCGAGGGCCUGUCAUUCUCAACGCUAAGGACCUGUCGGAAAUCAUGGAGGCGCUGGAAGAUUCUCAGAUGACGUUGGGAUCUAUGGCAAGCAACCGUUACUCGGCUCCUUUCCGCGAAGAAGUGCAGAUGUGGAUCGCCAACUUGUCGACCGUCUCGGAUGUUGUGGAGCAGUGGAUUCAAGUCCAGAACUUGUGGAUUUACAUGGAAGCUGUCUUCUCUAGCGGAGAUAUUGCCAAGCAGUUGCCGCAGGAAGCGAAACGAUUUUCCUCGAUCGACAAAAAUUUCAUGAAAGUGACAUCAAAAGCGUUUGAGGAGCCAAAUUGCGUGGAAUGUUGCUGCAACAAUGAGAUCAUGAAGGAACUGCUCCCUCACUUGAUGGAGCAGCUUGAAAUGUGUCAGAAGUCUCUCACUGGAUAUCUUGAGACUAAGAGAAAUUGUUUCCCUCGCUUCUAUUUCUGCUCAGACGGAGUUUUGUUGGAGAUCUUGUCCCAAGGCUCUGACCCCCACGCAAUUGUUGUGCAUCUCCAGAACGUGUUUGACUCCUUGGCAUCCGUGCACUUUGACAAGCAAAAGAAGAACACAAUGACGAAAAUGGUUGCGAAUGACGGCGAAGAAGUUGCUUUCACCGUUCCGUUGGACGCUAAGGGGAACGUGGAGGACUACCUCAAUCAGCUGGUGGCAACCAUGCAGGAAACGAUCCAUGACAUCUGUCGAGAUUGCGGAGGCGAAGCGGGUUCGUUGGAUGUAUCCAAGGUUGUCAGUCGAUAUCCAGCUCAGAUCUGUAUCUUGUCCCUGCAAUUUGACUGGACGACUAGGACAACUGACGCGCUUUCGCGUGCUAAGGUGGACAAGACUGGGAUGUCGCAAGCAGCCAAGAAAGAGCUGGCGGUGUUGAAUGAGUUGAUCUCCCUCACAGUCACGGACCUAAGCAAACUUGAUCGCACCAACGUGGAGACCCUCAUCACCAUCGACGUGCAUCAGGUUGAUAUCAGCAACUCAUUGGUGAAGCAGAAGAUCAAAGAGCCUUCGGACUUCGAGUGGAUGAAACAAGCUCGCUUCUAUUGGAGCUAUGAGCAGGAUGCUUGUAUUGUCUCCAUCUGCGACGUUGACUUUGUUUACAACGAUGAAUAUCUCGGCUGCAAGGAGAGGCUGGUGAUUACACCUCUCACAGAUCGAUGCUACAUCACUCUCUCGCAAGCCAUCGGCAUGUUCCUUGGAGGAGCCCCUGCGGGCCCUGCAGGGACGGGGAAGACAGAGACGACGAAGGACAUGGGAAGGACCCUGGGGAUUUUCGUGGUGGUCUUCAACUGCUCGGACCAGAUGGACUACAAGUCUCUCGGGAAGAUCUACAAGGGACUUGCAAUGGCGGGUUGUUGGGGCUGCUUUGAUGAAUUCAACAGGAUCGAUCUUGACGUGUUGUCUGUUGCUGCACAGCAGGUUGCUUGUGUUCUCCAGGCGCAAAGAGAGAGGAAGCAGGAAUUUGUCUUCACAGAUGGUCAGACUGUGUACUUGAGACCUGGAUGCUCUUACUUCAUUACCAUGAACCCUGGAUACGCUGGAAGACAAGAACUUCCAGAGAACUUGAAAAGUUUGUUCAGAGGAGUCUGCAUGAUGGUUCCAGAUUUCGGUCUGAUCAUGCGUGUCAAGUUGGCUUCUUGCGGUUUCUACGAGAAUCAGAUCAUCGCAAAGAAGUUUGACAUCUUGUACCAGCUUUGUAAGUUGCAGCUAUCGAAACAAACCCAUUACGAUUAUGGCCUCCGCAACAUCCUCUCAGUUCUCCGAACUGCAGGCAAAGUGAAGCGACAGGAGUUGGAGGCUUCAGAGAUGUUCCUGAUGAUGAGAACAUUGAGGGACAUGAACAUCUCGAAGCUGGUGGCUGAAGACGUUCCUCUCUUCAUCUCUCUCAUUUCUGACCUCUUCCCCAACAUCACCGCGGAGAAGAACACCUUCCCUGAGAUCGAGAAGGCAAUGGCCGACCAGUCCAAGGAGAUGAACUUGCAGUACGACAAGGCGCCGGAAUGGGCGGGCAAGUGUGUGCAGCUGCUUGAGACAUAUUACGUGCGCCAUGGGAUCGGAAUCGUCGGGCCGACGGGGUCCGGCAAGACGAUGAUGCAGGAGGUACUCUCGCGAGCUCUCUCCAUCGUCGACGUCAAGCAUGUUCUUCUGCGCAUGAACCCCAAGGCCAUCACGGCACCUCAGAUGUUUGGCAACCUUGACGCGACGACGGGUGACUGGACGGACGGCAUCUUCGCUGUCUUGUGGAGGAAAGGCACAAAAGCCAAGAAUCAGAACACCUGGAUUGUGUUGGACGGGCCGGUCGACGCCAUUUGGAUCGAAAACCUCAACACGGUCUUGGAUGACAACAAGCUGCUCACGCUCGCCAACGGGGACCGCAUCCCCAUGAGCCCAGCCAUGAAGGCAGUCUUCGAGCCCGAGAACCUCAUGAACGCCUCCCCCGCCACGGUUUCUCGCAUGGGUAUCAUCUACGUCUCUGGCUCUGUCCUGGGAUGGCAGCCGCUUGUUCCCUCCUGGCUGAACCUGCGGAGAGAGAAGGAAGUGCCUGUGAUCCAGGCGCUGAUCGACAAGUACAUCGACCCGAUGCUCGAAUGUGUGACAAAGACUUGCAAGGCGGUGAUGUACAGCACCAGCGGCAUCUACCUCACCUCCUGCUUCAAGAUGCUGGAGGAGAUUCUCGCUCCUACCGUAGAGUCCAAGACGUUCCUUUCGGAAGAGCACAUGGAGAAGAUUUUCAUCUAUGCGCUGUGUUGGUCGCUCGGAGCGUUGUUGGAGCUCGACGACAGGAAGAAGUUCAGUGCAGACCUUGCGAAGCUCGCCAACGUCUCUGUGUUCCCUCCUGUGGGCGAAGAGACUGCCUUCGAGUACUUCGUUGACGAGACUGGCAGCUGGAAGCACUGGAAGAUUCGUGUCCUGGACUGGGAGUAUCCCACCGAUAAGGAUCCAAGCUUUGCCGAGCUUCUUCUUCCCACCCUUGACAGUGUGCGAUAUGUGGCCCAGCUGACGAUGCUGGUGCCGGCCAAGAAGCCUGUGCUGUUCACGGGGGCUCCUGGUGUGAGCAAGACGGCGACGCUGCAGCAGUACAUCUCGUCUUUGCCGUCGGAGACCUGGAUCAAGAAGAUGGUUCCCUUCUCCUUCGUUACCACGCCAGAGAUCUUCCAACGCACCCUUGAGAGCUGCGUGGAGAAGAGACAGGGGAGAACCUUCGGCCCCCCGGGAGGGAAGCAGUGCUGCUUCUUCAUCGACGACAUUUCAAUGCCUGUCAUCAACAACUGGGGUGAUCAGAUCACCAACGAGAUCGUACGACAGUGUUUGGCCGAGGAAGGGUUCUACAGUCUUGACAAGCCCGGGGAGUGGAAGAACUUCACAGACAUGGGUUACGUUGCUGCCAUGGUACAUCCGGGAGGAGGGCGCAACGACAUUCCGAACCGUUUGAAGAGACAGUACUGCCUGAUGAACGUCACAAUGCCUUCAAUCGCUGCUAUCGACAACAUCUUCGGUACCAUCAUGUCCGGCAGGCUAUCCAGCAAGUCGCCUUUCCACGCAGUCCCCAAGUCGGUUGAAGAAGGUGUCAAACGUUUGACCGAAGCCACUAUCCAACUCUGGCAGAAGACCUCAGUCAAGAUGCUCCCAACCCCAGCAAAGUUUCACUACGUCUGGAACAUGCGAGAGAUCUCGCGUGUCUUCGGCGGCAUGUUCAUGGCUACUCGCAACACGAUACCGGACGAGGUUUACCUCCUCAAACUCUGGCGCCACGAGUGCGAGCGAGUUUUUACCGACAAGCUGACGAACGCAGUGGACAAGGAAUGGGAGAACAAGGCAAUCAUGUCGGUAAUAGAAGCUGUUUACGGCAAAGAGAUCUCAGCCAAGGUGGCGGGCCCCUGCUACUUUGUGAAUUUCAUGCCUGAGCCGCUCUUCAAUGACGACGGAGUCUGCAUCAACGAACGACCUCAAAGCUAUGAGCUUGUUGAGCACGGGGAUCUGACGCCUGUGCGUGAGAAAGCCCUCAACUUCCAGAAGCAGUACAACGAAGAGAACAAGAUCGGCAAACUCGAACUCGUCCUCUUCGAGUACGCCCUUGAGCACUUGAUGCGAAUCUCCAGGUGCAUGUGUCAAGAUCGUGGAUCCAUGAUGCUUGUUGGCGUUGGCGGCUCAGGAAAGCAAAGCUUGGCACGUCUAGCGUCGUUUAUCGCCGGGAACUUCAUUUUCCAGAUCACCAUCACCAAGUACUAUUCUGUCACAAACUUGUUCGAAGAUAUCAAGCUGCUGUACAAGACAGCAGGACUGAAGGGCAAGCCUGUCACCUUCAUCUUCACUGACGCUGAGGUUAAAGACGAAGGUUUCCUUGAGUACAUCAACCAAAUCUUGUCGACUGGUGAAGUCUCAAACUUGUUUCCUAAAGAUGAGAUGGAUGCAAUUCUCGGAGAUCUUCGUCCGAUUGCUAAGAAAGCGAUCAAGGGCUUCAUCGACACGACUGAGAACCUUCAGAAAUACUUCUACGACUCCGUUCGCAACCAGCUGCAUGUUGUCCUUUGUAUGUCACCAGUUGGAGAGAAGUUGUCGUCACGAUGUCGCAAAUUCCCCGGGUUGAUCAACUGCACGACUGUCGACUGGUUCCUGGCAUGGCCGGAGGAAGGUUUGUUGAACGUGUCUCAAAAGUUCAUCAACGACUUCAAGAUGGAGACUACAGCAGACAUCAAACAAAACCUGAUGGCACAUAUGGCCAAGGUUCACAGCAUGGUAGUGCAGGCAACCAACGAUUACUUCCAAUCUUUCCGAAGAAACGUUUAUGUCACGCCCAAGUCUUAUCUCUCCUUCCUCAAGACCUACUGCCAAGUUUACAGCGAUCAGUUCUCCGGGAUCAAGGAGCUGGCUGACAAGAUCAACAACGGACUCGUCAAACUUGACGAGGCGGCGCAGGAUGUGGAGAAAAUGAAGGUUGAAUUGGCUGCAACGGAGGUUGUGCUGCAAGAAGCGGCGGUGAAGUCAGCCGCACUGUUGAAGGAGAUCACAAUCGGGACAGCCGAAGCAGAGAAGACGAAGGCAGAAGUGAAACUCGUGGCUGACGCUGCCGGAGAGAAGGCAACGGUCAUUGGGGGAGAGAAGGCUGAGGUCGAGAAGGAUCUUGAAGCUGCGAAACCAGCCUUGAUAGAAGCCGAGUCAGCCCUGAACGCCAUCAAGCCUGACGACAUCAAGAACCUCAAGGCGCUCAAGAAUCCUCCUGACGUCAUCAAGAUCAUCUUUGAUGGUGUUCUUAUCCUCAAACGAGGGCCCAUGCUCAAAUGUCAGAUGGUGGACAUCAAGGGCUUCGCAUGCUACAAGGACAACUACAGCGAGGCAAGCAAGAUGAUGAACGACUCCAACUUCCUCGCGUCGCUUCAGCAGUUUCCCAAAGAGAACAUUACCGACGAGGAUUGUGAGCUGCUCACGCCCUACACCGAUCAUGGUCUCUUCACAGUCGAGGCUGCUGCCAAGGCCUCCGGACUUGCCGUCGGUCUCUGCAAGUGGGUGAAGGCCAUGAAGACUUACCACGAGAUCGCCAAGGUGGUGAUCCCCAAGAUGGACGCUCUUCGCGUCAAGGAAGCAGAGCUCGCGGCCGCGAACAAGAAACUCGCGCAAGCUCAAGCUCAGCUGACAGCCGCACAAGCGCAGCUGGAUCAGAUGCAGGAGAAGUUCGACAAGGCAAUGGCAGACAAACAGAAGCUGCAGGACGAGGCGGAUGCGACCAAGCGCAAGAUGGAUGCUGCCAAUGCGCUGAUCUCAGGACUCUCAGGCGAGAAAGUUAGAUGGACUCAACAGUCCAAGGAGUUCGAUGACCAGAUCGCUCGCCUAGUCGGAGACUGCGCGGUCGCCUGCGCCUUCCUUAGCUAUCUUGGUCCCUUCAACAAGACGUUCAGAGACAAGCUUGUUCUCUCGUCCUUCACACAUGACAUCUUGGACAAGAAGAUCCCUCUCACCAAGAACCUCGACAUCUCUGCUAUGCUUGUUGACGGAGCUACCACGGGCGAAUGGAACCUGCAAGGUCUUCCCACGGACGAUCUUUCGAUUCAGAACGGCAUCCUGACGACCAGGGCCAGUCGCUACCCUCUGAUGGUCGACCCUCAGGGGCAGGGGCUUGCCUGGAUCCGAAACAGAGAAGCGGUGAACGGCGUCAAAGAGACAUCCUUCCAAGACAAGGGCUUUAGGAACUCACUGGAAGACUGCAUGGGGUAUGGGAAACCACUUCUCCUUGCCAACGUCGAGAACGAGCUAGAUCCUGUUCUUGAUCCUGUCCUGGACAAGGCGUUCAUCAAGAAGGGCAAGAACUUCAUCGUGGCCUUGGCGGACAAGGAGUGCGACAUCGAGCCCGACAAGUUUCUGCUGUACAUCACCACGAGGCUUCCGAACCCUCACUUCACUCCCGAGCUCUCGGCCCGCGUCACCAUCAUCGACUUCACCGUGACGAUCAAGGGCCUUGAAGAUCAGCUGCUUGCCCGAGUCGUCCUGCAAGAGAAACCUGAGCUGGAGCAGGAGAGGCAGAAGCUGCAAGCAGAGGUCAAUGGGUACCAGAAGAAGAUCGUGGAAUUGCAGGAUGACUUAUUGUACCGCUUGUCUUCUUGCGAGGGAUCUUUGCUGGAUGAUCCAGAAAUCGUUGACGUGCUUGCCAUGACAAAGAAAACGAGCAAGGAGGUUCAAGAGAAACUGAAGAACGCGGGAGAAGCGGAGAUCAGAAUCAAAUCAGCCUGCGAGGAGUACCGACCAGUAGCAACAAGAGGGUCAAUCUUAUACUUCUUGAUUGCUGAGAUGAGCGCAAUCAACGUCAUGUACCAGACAUCGCUCGCUCAGUUUAUUGAAGUCUUCCAGAAGUCCAUGGUUGAAGCAGAAGAGAACAAGAUUCCGGCUAAGAGGAUCAACAACAUCAUUGAGCACAUGUCGUACAUCACUUACUUGUACAUCGGCCGAGGUCUGUUCGAGCGGCACAAGGAUGUUUUCAUCACUCUUCUAGCCAUGAAGGUUCAGAUCCAGGAAGGUGCCAUCACUAUGGAACACUUCAACUGCUUCGUAAAGGGAGGCGCGGCGCUCGACAUUGCAGCUCAAAGGAAGAAGCCUGGCAACUGGAUGUCGGAUACCGCCUGGCUCAACGCCAUUCAGCUGAGCAUGUCCAUCCCGAUGUUCAAAGACCUGCCCGAGGCCAUCGUGAGAGGAGAGAAGAUGUGGAAGGAAUGGAUGGACCUGGACGCUCCGGAGGCAACCAACGUCCCUGACUUCGAGGAGCGACUCGACAAGAUGCACAGAAUGUUGAUCAUUCGUGGACUGCGGCCAGACAGAACGAUGGUGGUGACUAAGGAGUACAUCGCCGACACCAUGGGCGCGAGAUACGUCGACUUUCCUCCUCUCAACCUUGAACAAACUCACACUGAGAGCACUGAACGAACUCCCUUCGUCUGCAUCUUAUCCAUGGGAUCUGACCCAACAGAUCUCAUCAUGGGGCUAGCCAAGAAGAAGAAGAAAGAGGUUCUCUCCGUCUCCAUGGGUCAAGGCCAGGAGGUUGUCGCCCGCAGGUUCAUCGACCAGGGGGUGGCCACGGGCUGCUGGGCUCUUCUGCAGAACUGCCACCUGGGAAUCAAAUUCCUGGUGGAGUUGGAGGGAAGGCUGGCGAACAAAGACCUGGAGCAGAUCGACCCCGAGUUCCGCGUGUGGGUGACGGCAGAGCCGCACAAGUCCUUCCCCAUCGGCCUCCUGCAGAUGAGUAUCAAGAUCACCAACGAGGCUCCGGUCGGUAUGAAGGCUGGCAUGAAGCGAUCGUACAACUGGAUCACUCAGGACAUGCUGGACAUCGUUCCUCGCUCGGAGUGGCGAACCCUUCUCUGGGUCCUCUGCCACUGCCACAGUGUCGUGCAAGAACGCAGGAAGUUCGGAUCCAUCGGCUGGACGGUGCCUUACGAGUUCAAUCAGUCCGACCUCAACGCUUGUGCGCUGUUCCUUCAAAACCACUUGCUCGAGAUGGACGCAAAGAAAUCCAAGGAAGUUACCUGGACGACCGUGCGCUACAUGAUCGCUGAGAUCCAGUACGGAGGCAGGAUUACAGACGACUGGGAUCGGAGGCAGAUGAAUACCUUCUCUGAGAAGUACUUCUCUCAAUACGUCCUUGAGCCUGGGUACGAGUUUCUCAAAGGCUACUCCAUUCCCACCGGUACAGACAUCGCCGCGUACAGGCGGCACAUCGACGAGAACCUUCCUGUCACCGACUCGCCAGAAGUGUUUGGGCUGAAUCAGAACGCUGACUUGACGUACCGGCUGCAGGAGUCUGCUGACCUCUUUGAUACUAUUCUUGAAACUCAACCCCGUGGUGGUGGAGGAGGAGGCAAAUCUCGCGAGGACAUUGUGACGGAGCUCUGUGCAGACUUGCUGCAGAAGAUUCCUGCUGACUUCAACAAAGAAGAGAUCCGUACGGCUCUACAGAAGAUGGGUCCCACGAAGCCGAUCAACGUCGCCUUCCGGCAGGAGCUUGACGUCAUACAGAAGUCGAUCUCGGUGGUAAGGGCUACACUCAAGAACUUGCAGCUGGCCAUUGCAGGAACGAUCGUUAUGUCCGACGAUCUUGCAGGAGCUUUAGAUUCAAUGUUCAAUGCCAAGGUCCCUCCUGUCUGGCUCAAGGGCGCCUGGUUCUCUCCCACAGUAGGCAUCUGGUUCGGUAUCCUUCUAGCACGCUACGAGCAGUUCGAUCGCUGGCUCAAGCAGGGUCGUCCCAAGUCCUACUGGCUCCCUGGCUUCAGCAACGGAUCCGGUUUCCUGACUGCUGUCAAGCAGGAGGUCGCACGAUCCAAGUCCGGGUGGGCGCUGGAUGACGUUGUGCUAUUCACGGAGGUGACGAAGCUGGACUACGAGGAGGUUCGGGAGGCUCACUCGGACGGCAUCUUCGUGCAUGGAUUGUACCUCGAAGGCGCCUCGUGGCACAAGAAGGACUCGCACCUGAUGGAAGCUGCUCGCGGCGAGCUGGUGAAGCUGUUGCCCGUGAUGCACAUCACCGGAGUCUUGAAGUCCAACAAGAAGAUGGACUACAUGGUGUAUGAGUGCCCUGUGUACUUCAGGUUUGACCCCAGAAAGCGAGGAAUGACUGCCGCUCAGCCUAACUUCAUGUUUGCCCCUGAAAUUCGAACGAUCGACCCACCAGCAAAGUGGAUUCUUCGAGGUGUAGCCUUGCUGACGUACCCGGGUGACUAG